AUGAGGGCCUCUGAUGCAUCAAAACCACCUUAUGUGGCAAGAGUUGAGGCAAUUGAAGCAGCAGGAUCCCGAGGCACCAAUGUGAGAGUGCGGGUGCGGUGGUAUUAUCGACCAGAGGAGUCCAUAGGUGGCCGGCGGCCAUUUCAUGGUUCCAAGGAGGUCUUCCUCUCUGACCACUAUGAUGUACAAAGCGCUGACACCAUUGAGGGGAAAUGCAAUGUCCACAGCUUCCGUAGCUAUACAAAGCUUGAUUCUGUCAAUGCUGAGGAUUUCUUCUGCCGCUUUGAGUAUAAAUCGGCUACUGGCAGCUUCGUACCAGAUCGCAUAGCAGUGUUUUGCAAGUGUGAGAUGCCAUACAAUCCAGAUGAUCUUAUGAUCCAGUGUGAGGAAUGUUCUGACUGGUUUCACCCUGCUUGCAUUGGGAUGACAAUCAAAGAAGCAAAGAAACUUGAACAUUUUUUCUGCCAGACCUGUACAGCUGAAAAUGGGAAGAUGGUUGAGAAUUCACAUGAAGCUACAGCGCAAUCAGAAGAAAAGCCGGUGGAGUCAAAAAGGCGGCGAAGGUGA